UAUGCGCGAGAUUCGUGUCGCUCUCCGACGCGGACGUUCCGUUUGUUGACUCUCCACCGUUGGCUUUCAAGGUUGCGUCUCGUUUCGGACACCGCCUCGUACGAAUCAACCCUCACCCUUAGGGACGACAGUGCGCAACAUCGUCGGAUUUUAUCGUGUACCGGAGUCAUGUUUACAAGCAGAGUCGGUUCAAUCGGGUUCCGCGGUUCGUGAUGAUGAUAGAGUUCCGUGUGUUUAUCCAGAUUGCUUGUUUAUUUGUUUGAACAUUAUAUCCUCUUCCCACCUACUCCCCUCUCCCUCACGCGCGUGAUAUAUUUCCGUGACAUGUAAUUAUCUGUCGAUUAUCUCUCGGCGCGAAACGACGAGGAAAGAAUACGAUAUCUCUCUACAAAGAAAAUCGAUUGUAUAUAUACGACGAUAUUGUGAUCGUUUUUAGCACGUCGCUCAACAUACUGGCUAUGAAAAUGAAGAUUCCGAACGGUGGAUCCGGAAGCGGUUAUUACGGCCACGAAACAGGUAUCACUUCUUACAUGGACAAUAACAGCGAUACAGAGCCCGAGGUGCAAGGUAUAGGCGAUGGUGAUUUCUCAGAAUAUCUGUGGAUGGAGAACGAGGAGGAAUUUGAUAAACAGGUACUUCAACAACUGGAGGAGGAAGAAUUGAUGGAGGAGUGUCUAGAAGCAAUGUUAGAAGAAGAGAGACAACACCAGAGGAAUAUGAAUUCUACAGCUUGGUCCACAGCUACUGGCACUUCUGAUAAUAAUGCCGCUGAGCUUUGUCAACAACUUAGCAAUCUGAGAAUGCCCGAUGAUCUCGCUAAACAGAGCACGCUAAAUCCAGACGCAGCUGAAUUUAUUCCAGCAUGCAAAUCAACUGUGGUACCUGUAAGUACAUCGUCAGAAACCACAGUCGCUACAGAACCAUCGUAGAAAUCUUAUGUAUCUCUUUUCUUGUCCCUCCCUGUUUAAGUCACGUAAAAUCGGGCUACACGUAAUGUUUAGAGUUUACUAUUUCUAAUCUGAGACAGUGGUAUAUUAAGUGGAUCGUGUUAGAAGUUCAAUGACUGUGACUGUACGUACAAAGAUAAGGA